GUGCAGAGAUACCAGGUACUCCUAUCGCUGAUGCUCUCCAGCCAGACCAAAGACCAGGUAACAGCGGGUGCCAUGCAGCGCCUACGGGCCCGGGGCUUGACCGUGGAAAACAUCCUGCAGAUGGAAGACGACAUGCUGGGCAGGCUCAUCUACCCUGUGGGCUUCUGGAGGAACAAGGUCAAGUUCAUCAAGCAGACAACCGCCAUCCUGCAGCAGCGCUAUGAAGGGGACAUCCCUGCGUCCGUGGCAGAGCUAGUAGCCUUGCCAGGUGUUGGACCCAAGAUGGCACAUUUGGCCAUGGCUGUGGCCUGGGGGACUGUAUCAGGCAUAGCGGUGGACACACAUGUACACAGAAUCGCCAACCGACUGAGGUGGACCAAGAAGGUGACCAAGACCCCAGAGGCGACGCGCACAGCCUUGGAGGAGUGGCUACCCAGGGGGCUGUGGAGUGAGAUCAAUGGACUGCUGGUGGGCUUCGGCCAACAGAUUUGCCUUCCUGUCCAUCCUCAAUGCCAGGCCUGCCUCAACCGGGCCCUGUGUCCUGCUGCCCAGAACCUUUGAGUCCCAGGGCUUCCUCUGGCCAGUGUCUGUGAAGUGCCUUUGUGUGUGGGGCGGGUGAAGUUUGGGGGUCUGCAGGGCGUGUAAUAAAGCUGGGAGGUUAUUCACACUUGA